UACAAUUGUAGUAUUAAUUUCUGGAUUUGAUACGCCGAAGGCAACGCCGGAAUCAUGGUACGCAGCGGCGACACCAUCGCACAGGCGGCCGAGCAAUCUCCUCGUACCACACGACGGCGCCGCCACAGCGUUGAACAUACCCGAAAAAGGCAAAAAAUUAAGUCUUCAGAGACCGAUAUUCAAACCCUAAAUUCUAAUUUCACCCGCGCCUCCAGUUCCUGUCAGCGCCAGCAUACCAAUUCGUACCGCCGGAAGUCGCGCAGGACUCUCUGUAAACGCAAGUGGACUUAUUCCGAGCGUGAUGCCUCCAAGCACAAUGAUCGGGUUGUUAUUGUAUCAUACAACAUACUUGGGGUGGAAAAUGCAACAAGACAUCCACACUUGUACAGCAGGGUGUCACCAGAGUAUAUGAAUUGGGAUUAUCGAAAGAAGAUUCUGUGUAAGGAAAUCAGGGGCUAUCAACCUAGUAUCUUGUGUCUCCAGGAAGUGGACCACUUUGAUGAUUUGAAUAAGAUACUUCGAAAAGAUGGCUUCAGAGGCCUGCACAAGGCUCGUUCUGGUGAUUCACAUGAUGGCUGUGCUAUAUUUUGGAAAACCAAUCUAUUUACACUGUUGGAUGAAGAAAACAUAGAAUUCCAGAGGUUUGGCCUUCGACACAAUGUUGCUCAAUUUUGUGUUUUGAAGAUGAACCAAGACUUGCACAAGGCUGAUGAUACUUCAAGUGCCUCCACCUCUCAUAGUAUAGUGGUUGGAAACAUACAUGUCCUCUACAACCCUAAUCGAGGAGAUAUCAAACUUGGUCAGAUGCGAAUGUUUCUUGAGAAAGCUUAUGAAUUAUCACAAAAAUGGGGAUGUAUACCAGUCGUCGUCACUGGGGACCUAAAUAGUUUACCACAGAGUGCAUUAUAUCAAUAUGUGGCCUUAUCUAAGCUGCAUGUCCAGCAACAUGAUCGAAGACAAAUAUCUGGCCAGCUUUGUUCAUCUGGGUACACAGAAUCACGUCACAUGCAUAACCGUGUGGCAAGAUGGACCGAUGAAGAAAAAAUGCUCGCUACUGGAUCAAGAGAAAAUAGCCUGAAACAUCCCUUAAUGCUUCGCAGUGCUUAUGCUGGGAUCCCCGGAAGCUCAAAAGUCAGGGAUAAAGCGGGGGAACCACUCGCGACAUCCUACCAUAGCGCAUUUAGUGGAACAGUUGAUUACAUAUGGCAUACAUCAGACCUUGUCCCAGUAAAAGUUCUUGAAUCUUUGCCUACACCCAGUUUAAAGAAAACAGGAGGUCUUCCAAGUAAGGAAUGGGGUAGUGAUCAUCUUGCAAUUGCAUGCGAGCUUGCCUUUGCUAAUGACAGUGAUUAGGUUUAAAAGAUGUGAUUACACUAUUUAAAUUUUAUUCUCAGUUCUAUAUUAAUUUUGCUUAAUUUUCCCUA